AUGAGAUCAAAAUAUUACAAGGAAGAAGAAAAUAAAGGUUUUAUUAAGACCCAUUAUUUCAGAAAAAUUGAUACAGAAAAGAUUGAUAAGAAAUUAAUAAAUUUAGAAAAUAAUUUUAAUAGUGAGGAUGUAUAUUUAGACAUUGUAAUCCAUGAUAAGGAACGAAAUAAUUUUGAUUUUUUUCUUAUGAGAAUAACAGAAAGUUCAAGUGUUAAUAAUAGUUUAGAUACAUGGAAUCAUAUUGAUAUUACUAAUAUAUAUAAUUAUAUAUUAUAUGAUAAUAAAUAUUGUAGUGAUAUAUUAAAUGAAAAGAAAGGAUAUUUAAUAUUGAAAUUAAAAUAUACAAAUGAAAAUAAUAUUAUCACUUCUUAUUUUAAAGUUCAUUGUAGAAAUACAAAAUGGGAUAAUGAUAAAAAAGUAUGGCAUAUACCUUUAUUUUAUAUUUUUGAAAUGUCUAAACUUACUUUGUUUUUAGGAGGAUCAGUAAGUGAUACUGUUCUUUAUUAUUUGUGUAAAUUAUUUCAUCAUUUUUCUAGUAUUAAAAAUGUAAAUGCCAAUCUUAAAAUAAAUGAGUUGCCUAAGGAACAAUUUAUAAAAGCCGAGGAAACAUGUGACACAACCAAUAAAGAAAAAAAUAAUAACCAUGAUGAAAAUACAGAUGCUAAUCACAACAAUAAUGAUCAUGACAAUAAUAUAGAUGUUCAGGUUAAUUGUAUUAAACAGGAUGGAUUGUAUCCUAAUGAUAUAAGAAAUUCAAGUCCAAAAGUUGUAUUGGAAAAAAAAAAUGAUAGUAAUUAUAAAAAUGGACUUCAUUAUGAUAACACAAUAAAGAGUGAAGUGAAUAACCUAAAUGACGUUUUACGUGUAAACCAUAUGCAUACACAACAAAAAGAAGGUGAGCACAGUUGCAUAGAGAAUAAUAGGAUGAAUAAUUUACAGAAUAUCAAGAAUGAAGAAAUAAAUAUUAUAGAAAAGGAUUUAGCUUUAAAGCGUAACAGUGAUGUAUCAUACAAGGAAAAAAAAAUAAGAAAUGAUGAUGACAGGAAUUGUAAUACGGAUGAUGACACACAUUAUGGUUAUAAUGAUGAUAAUUAUUAUGAUUAUGAUGAUAGUUGUGAUAAUGAAAAUGGUAACAGUGAUAAUAAAAAUGGUAACAGUGAUAAUAAAAAUUAUAAUUGUGAUAAUAAAAAUUAUAAUUGUGAUAAUAAAAAUGGUAACAGUGAUUAUAAAAAUUAUAAUUGUGAUAAUAAAAAUCUUAGUUGUAAUAGUAACAAUGUUAGUUGUAGUAUGCAAGAAAAAAAGAUUUUAAAAGAGAGUGAUAAGAAUGGAGAAAAGGAAAUAACCUUCAACUUUGAUAUUUUUAUUAAAGAUAAUAAAUUAAAUUUUAUAGAUUAUAUAAAAAAUGUAAGGAUGUUCAGAAUUGAACACAUUAUUAUAAAUAAUAUUGUUAAAGGGGAUACUAUGCAUAUAAAGAUAAUACCAUAUAAUGAAGAAAUUGUUACAAAAAUAAAACAAAUGAAUUUUAUACAAUGGAAUAGAACAGAAAAUAUAUUAUUAAUAAAAAAGAAUAAUUUUAAAAAAUUUUAUAUGAAUAUAAUAAAAUGUUUUAAUUUCAAGUUAUGUUCUUAUUAUGAUUAUUUUAAAUUAUUUAGACAGAAAAUAAUGGAAAAUGAUUCUAAAUCUUUAAAAGGAAAUUUUAGUGUCACAACAAAUAUAACAAUAAAUACAGAAUAUUUAAGUAAUAAAUUUAAUAAAAGAAAAAUGAAUUUUCAUAAUAUAGAAGAAGAAAACAUUGAAAAAACGAAUAUCAAAAAAAACUUAAAAAAAAAAAAAAAAUAUAAAAGUGGACUUACUGGUUAUGAAAGCACAGAUUCAUGUAAUUCAGAUGAGUUAUCACAUAAUGUAGAUUCAAGUUAUUAUGAAGGUAGAGAAUUAGUAAAUAAAAUAAAAUUAGUUGGUGCUGCAAAUAAUUAUUAUAAAGAAGUUAUAUAUAAUAAAUUAAAUAAAAUCAAACAUUUACGUCCACCUAAUUAUACAUAUGACCCUAAAGGAUUAAUUACAACAAAUGGAGCAGGCACUAAAGGUAUUGAAAUUUUUGAUAUGCCUAGUGAUAUCAAUGAAUGGAAUAAAAUAAGUUUUUGCAUUGUUCCUAAUGAAAAAAAAGAUAUAGAUUUAUAUGACCCAAAAAUUUUAUGUAGUUUAGUUAGUGAUGUUUAUUUACUUAAAGAAAAAGCUUUAGAUAUUAUAUUAAAAAAUUAUAAAAAAUGGCCUGAAUAUACUGACGUUUUUUGGAAUACAAUAUGUUCUGAAAAUGAAUUUAUUAUAUGUAAUAAAAAUUUUAAUACAAGACAAAAAUUAGCUCAUGAUAGAUUAUUUAAUAAACAAUAUUUCUAUAUAUUUAAUAUGGAAAGUAUUAAACAUUCUAAUUAUUAUAAUCCUUUAUUUCUAUGUAAAGCUUUAAUUACAUUAGGUGAAGGAAUUCUUGUUCAACAUCCAUAUGAUGCAGAAUAUAUUAUUAUCUCAAAUUCAAAUGAUUUUAAUGCUAUACAAUUUUAUAAUUAUCUUCAUGAAAAAAAAAAAAAAAAAAAAAAAUUACCCUUAUUUGUAACUCCAAAGUUUAUAUAUGAUUGUAUAUUAAAUUAUUCUAUUUCAUAUCCUUCAAAAAAUAAAAACCACUUCGCCUUCUCCCAAUAA